GAUCUAGCUAAAAAAUACCUUGAUGACUAUACAAAACAAGAAGGCUUCACUAUACGUAAAAGAAGGCGUACAAUAGAUCCAAAGAAUAAUACCAUUAUAAGAUGUCGAACAUAUGAAUGUUCUUAUGCCGAUACAUACGAACCUCAGAAGGCAAUUCUAGAAGAGGACAAAAGGGAAUGA